CAUUGUUACUUGUUUGGAGUAGAAAUACAAGGACAUGAAAUAUAGGAACCCUAUAGCUGGCAAGAGUUGUCUCUUCUUUCUUUCUCUAGGCCCAGCUCCCUAAAUUUUCUUUGUUUUUGAUUGCUUGCUUGCUUGCUUACUACAUUUCUUUCUUGUGCUACUUACUUAAGAUAUUCACGUUACUCUCUCGUUCAGUUUCUCUAUGUUCUUUCAAGAAUUGACCACUAGGGUUUUGUAAUUGGAAGAAAGAAAAUGAGUGCUUCAAGAUUCAUAAAGUGUGUCACUGUUGGUGAUGGUGCUGUUGGAAAGACUUGCAUGCUCAUUUCCUACACCAGCAACACUUUCCCUACUGAUUAUGUGCCGACCGUGUUUGACAAUUUCAGUGCAAAUGUGGUUGUGGAUGGGUGCACUGUCAAUUUAGGGUUGUGGGAUACUGCUGGCCAGGAAGAUUACAAUAGACUGAGGCCUUUGAGCUAUCGGGGGGCAGACAUUUUCCUGCUUGCUUUCUCCCUCAUUAGCAAGGCCAGCUAUGAAAAUGUUGCUAAGAAAUGGAUUCCUGAAUUGAGGCACUAUGCACCUGGUGUUCCAAUUAUUCUUGUCGGGACAAAGCUUGAUCUCCGAGAUGAUAAACAAUUCUUUUUAGAUCACCCAGGUGCAGUGCCCAUCACCACAGCUCAGGGUGAGGAACUGAGAAAGCUAAUUGGGGCUCCUGUUUACAUUGAAUGCAGUUCAAAAACACAGCAGAAUGUCAAAGCUGUCUUUGAUGCGGCCAUUAAGGUGGUCCUCCAGCCUCCAAAACAGAAGAAGAAAAAGAAGAGAAAGGCACAGAAGGCCUGCUCUAUAUUGUGAUCGUGUAAUAAACCAACUAGCACAUUCGUCGCAUUAGUUGCCUUCUCUAGGAAGCAGCAGGAUGUGGUCCGUAGUCUAUACUGACAGAACUAGGGGGCACUUAUAAGAAUCAAGGUGUUUGUUGCUUUGUGAUUUGUAUAUUAAUGUUUCACGUUGUGAUUGUUUACUUUCACACGUCAACUGUUUCUGUAGGCCUACCUACAUGUUGUAGACCAGACUGGGCAGAAUUUCUUAUGAAAUACCAAGCUUUUUCUCCUGUA